UUUUUUUUUUUUUUUUUCAAAAAAUAUAUAUACAUUUAAAUAACAGGUAUAACAUAAAAGAAUAAGAAAAAAAGGUUUUAAGGGGGCGCGAUGGACGGGAGGGCGUUGAGUAGAAAAAGGGCAUCGAUGGACAAGGACGAAAAGCACCUCCUCCAGUAUACCAAAUUUCAUAACAGGGAGCGUUACAGCAUGAACUACAACAGUUACGAGGCGGCUAUAAUCGACCCAGAGGAGAAGAAAGUGCGCAUGCUGCAGUAUACAUUCCCUGGUUACAAAUUGCGUUCGAUGAAAGACUACCAGGAGGGCGCUACGCAGACCCAUCUGUCGAUACACGCCAGCCUCCCCGAAGGAGAGAAUGCCAAAUUGAAACAGGAGAUGAGUUUGGAAGAGUGCAAACCAGAAGUCGCUGUCGAAACAGCCGUCAAAGAGGCAAAGAAGGAGUUGAAGAUCGACAAGAAUGAGAGGGGCUCCCUUGCUGCACACGGUUGGGUCGGGCCUCCCCUCAUCGUCAAGAUGCGCAUCAACGACUUCCUCUUCAUCGAAAUCACUCCUGUAGCACUUCCGCCUGUCCUGCUACGGCUUAACAAGGGCGCCAUCGACCAUCACACCCUCGAGAUCAGCGUCGUACCAGGUCCGCAAUUUGUGCCACAGGUCGUCGUGAUGAUCAGCGGCCUCGAGAUUUACCCCCACAACCAAUACAAUCUGCUCAGCGUGAACAAAUCCCUCGCCAGGAGGCCGAUCAUGUUCAUUGACUCGGGGCGCAACACUCAGGUCAAGACAGGCGGUCGGUGGCUCGGCAAGAAGGACGGGAUGCAGAACCUCGCCAUGGCUGAGUGCAUGCUCGAUCAGAACCAACCGGAGGAGGAGGAGGUUGAGGACGAAGGGUUUGACAUGCCCCAAAGCUGGCUCCAACUCCACUAUGACAAAAUGCAAAAGGUGAAAGAGUACCACCUGAACAAGUACAAAUUAGAGAAGGGUACAGAUGUGUCGCCCACAUCCGUGGGGAACCCGCUCAAAGUCCUUUUUGAAAGGGAUUACGAGCCUUCAUACAAACACCGUUCGCCAAAGCAGAUGAAAAAGUUCCACCUUGAAAACAAGCUGAUGUACUCGAAACACUUCAUCUACUCGCCGCACGGCACCUUGAACAAUAGAGACCGCACCAAUUCCAUCACAAAAGCACACGCGGCCACAUCGCACAUGGCAUUCCUCAAAAGGAUGGUGCCUUUGAACUUGGUGCCCAGCGGAGAAGAGCUCGACUAUAUCGAAGCCGAUCCGAAAGCGACGAGGGGAAGGAGGGGCACCUUCUACCCUCAGAACGAGGUCUACGACACGCCCUUGUCCGAGAUGGAUGAACCGACGAAUGCAGGUCUGCCUAAAAUCAAUAAAAUCACGAUAGAAAACAAGGAAAACGAAAAGAAGGAUGAAGUGGUGUCAGAUGUUCCGGUUCCUAAGAUCGAAAGAUCCAACAGCUCUAAAGUCACCUGGACACACAACAACCCCAAAAGGGAACAUUUGAAAAGUGUGCUGCUACAUAGAGAAUCUAUGGUGGAUAUGCAGAUCCAGCCCUUGGUAAGCGAUUCACCAAAACAUGGCAGGACGACAUCAGAAGAGUAUGCCCUGGCUAGGAUCAACAGGUACCUGCACGCACGAGGUGCCAGUCCCGUCUCCCCGUCACCACAUGGGAGCCAGCCCUACCAGUGGGGCGUCGAGGAGGACCAGACGGUCACAGACCGCCUUAAACGCGGCAUCGACAAGCUCGGCCAGACGAUAAACGAAGACCGGAAGAGCACGACACUCUCCCAAAAAAGCUUUUUUGGCAAUGCAAGCCGUAAAUCCUUCAAAUCUGACGAAUCUGACCGUAAAGAGGCCAGGGGUAACUCCUUGUACAAGAAAAAAUCCACCAUUUCGGUAGACAGUUUCAAAACUGCGAAGGAAAUGAGUGAAGCCGAGGAUAAGAACAACAAGCGGAAAACGCCACAGAAGAGGAAAAAAAGCCUCAAGAGGCACUCGUCCAAGGACCGACCGCUUCCAACCAUCAAAGAAGAGAGUCCAGCAUUUGAGAAAAGCCCGAAGAAGUCUUUCACGGACAUGGCCUUAGGUAUACAGAAAGAGAUGAGCCCCAUACGAGACGAAAUCAACAGCCUCAGGGACAAAAUGGCCAAAGUGCGCAGAAGCGACCAGCAGUCAGAGGUCCCAGUCACCAUCGCCAAAGAGAACGAGCUGAGGAAGUCUCUGCCACAGAGCCUCGACGCGGAGCCCAUCUGGGAGUCAAGGCAUUCAGCUGUGAGCGUAUUCCUCGAGCCCCCCUCGCCCCAGACAUCGUCCAUCUCAGGGGACGAGAACCAACCCGAAAAGAAGAAAGGAGUCAAACGAUUCUACCAGAGGUUCACAAAGAAAAAAUAACCCAAAAAUCCCCCCCCCCUGAAGAAAUGAAACUUUUUUUCUUUUCAAUUUAAAAGUUGAGCCGUUUAGACAAAAUAAAAUCCUGUCAUUUAUCAAAACAAGUCGCCUACUUCCUGUAUCAAAAUUAAAUCAAAUUUAAAGGAAAGUAGCAAAAUU